AUGGCCAAGGGUUCCGCCAACCAGGCAAAGAGUGUGCCCAAUAAACAUCUGCAUGCACGCAUCGCGUAUUUGCACCAAGCCGCAACCCAUCUCGCCUUACAACGACCACCCAUAACGCACACCAACUCAUCGCACGUCGAUCCGCAUCUUCAACAGCGUGGUCUGCCUCUUUUGCUCGCCGCCCAACUGCAGGCAGUUUCGCUGAAAGCUCAGAUUCGUCUUUCCCAUGACAUGAAGCGCGCUAUCUGCAAAGUUUGCAGCACCCCUCUACUGCCAGACACUACAUCGGAAACGAGUAUCGAAAACAAGAGCAGAGCCGAAAAGAAGUCUUGUGCCGAUGUUCUUGUCAUCCAGUGCCGGAACUGUCACGCCGAGAAGAGGUUCCCCGUCGGUGUCCAGCGUCAACAGAAAAAGGCAAAGCGCAAGGCCGCAUUCGCUGCCUCAAAUCCCCAGCCGGGAAAACAAACCAACGAGACUGAGAUGGACAAUGUCUGA